AUGGCGGCGGUGGUGCUGGCGGCGACGCGGCUGCUCGGGGGCUCGCGCUCGUGGGGCCGCUCGCGGCUGAGGUUCGGGGCCCCUGCGCACAGGCAGUUCAGCAGCGGUGGCGCCUACCCCAACGUCCCGCUCUCCGCCCCCUUGCCCGGCGUGCCCAGACCCAUUUUUGCCACGGUCGAUGGACAGGAGAAGUUCGAGACCAAAGUCACCACGCUGGAAAACGGGCUUCGUGUGGCCUCCCAAAACAAGUUUGGGCAGUUUUGUACGGUAGGAAUUCUUAUUAAUUCAGGAUCGAGAUAUGAAGCAAAAUACCUUGGUGGAAUUGCUCACUUUUUGGAAAAGCUGGCAUUUUCGUCCACUGAUCGCUUUGACAGCAGAGACAGGAUUCUGCUCACCUUGGAAAAGCACGGGGGCAUUUGUGACUGCCAGACAUCAAGAGACACCACCAUGUACGCUGUGUCUGCAGAUUCUAAAGGCCUGGACACGGUGGUCGGCUUGCUGGCUGACGUGGUCCUGCACCCCCGGCUCACAGAGGAAGAGAUCGAGAUGGCGCGAAUGGCUGUCCGCUUUGAGCUGGAGGACCUCAAUAUGCGGCCUGACCCGGAGCCACUUCUCACCGAGAUGGUCCACGAGGCGGCUUACAAGGAGAACACCGUCGGCCUCCACCGUUUCUGCCCCACUGAGAACAUAGCGAAGAUUGACCGAGAAGUGCUCCAUUCCUACCUGAGAAACUACUACACCCCCGACCGCAUGGUGCUGGCAGGGGUGGGCAUUGAGCACGACCACCUGGUGGAAUGCGCCAGGAAGUACCUCCUGGGCACCCGGCCGGCCUGGGGAAGCGAGGCCCCUGUGGAUGUCGACCGAUCGGUGGCACAGUACACCGGGGGGGUCGUGAAGCUAGAAAGAGACAUGUCGCAGGUCAGCCUGGGCCCUGCCCCGUUCCCCGAGCUCACACACAUCAUGAUAGGACUGGAGAGCUGUUCCUUCUUGGAGGCAGACUUCAUCCCCUUCGCUGUGCUGAACAUGAUGAUGGGCGGCGGCGGCUCUUUCUCGGCCGGCGGUCCCGGCAAGGGCAUGUUCACCCGGCUCUACCUCAACGUGCUCAACAGGCACCACUGGAUGUACAAUGCGACCUCCUACCACCACAGCUACGAGGACACGGGCCUCCUGUGCAUCCACGCCAGCGCUGACCCCAGACAGGUUCGAGAGAUGGUUGAGAUCAUCACGAAGGAGUUCAUCCUAAUGGGUGGGACUGUGGAUGUGGUGGAGCUGGAGCGAGCCAAGACGCAGCUGAUGUCCAUGCUGAUGAUGAACCUGGAGUCCAGGCCUGUGAUCUUCGAGGACGUGGGGAGGCAGGUGCUGGCGACCCGCUCCAGGAAGCUGCCCCACGAGCUGUGCGCGCUCAUCCGCAGCGUGAAGCCAGAGGACAUCAAGAGAGUUGCUUCUAAAAUGCUGCGCGGGAAGCCGGCGGUGGCUGCCCUGGGCGACCUGCGCGACCUGCCAGCCUACGAGCACAUCCAAGCAGCGCUGUCCAGCAGAGACGGGCGCCUGCCCAGGACCUACCGGCUCUUCCGGUAGACGGAUGUGGUGUGUUUCCACACAUGUUUCUUUGGAGAUGAAUUUAGUGCAAAAACUCAUGAACGACGCAAACUGCAGGGCGCACCCCCCAAACAUCACGGCCACAUUCAGUGCCACCGCACAGCCCAGCCCCGCGCCUAGCAGCUGCUGUAGUGAAGCCGGUGGGUGCGCACACCUGUGAGUCUCAGCAGGUGGGGCCACCGUGAGGUCACAAGUCCAGUGGUCAGGGUGGGCAAGUGCCACACCAGCUCAUCGCCAAGGCGAGGGCGCCAUCAGCCCUGCUUGGCUUUCUGAGGGGCCUGCCACCACCCGAGCCGCCGCUUCCUGUGUGGGGUGCGUGUCCACUGACACGAUGAUAGAUUGUGCCCACUGUCUCCACCCUUGACCUGGGGCGGGGCUGUUAAAAGGCUCACAACUGGCAACUUUCCUGCAACGGCGCGGGAGCGGCCCUUCGCUUUCUCCCCGGGAGCCUUCAGCUUGACUCCGUGUUGCAAGCCUCUUGCUGUGUAUUGAAAGAUGGGUCUGGUUUCAGGGGUGUCGGAACACAUGGGGUAGGGGGCUUCUUAGAUUUGGUGGUCGGUGGUCACGUUUUAAAAGGGGAAGAUUCAGAAGCUGUAGGUUCAGCAGUAGAAGGUCACACGACUGGUGACAGAUGCACGGCUCCCAGACCUGGGCAGUGCCCGGCACACAGCUGCUGGCAUUGCACAGGUGCUGGGGAGAGGUCCGCAUGUCAUCCAUUCUGUGGCCCUAGGAAGCCGGGGGUGGGGGGUAAGGAAGUCAAAUAAACCUGUG